AUUCAGUAUCUUUUGAUGGCAGAUGGGGGCAGCACUGACUCUCUUUGGUUCUGCUCACCCAUCCGUGAAGUGAAGAAUGAAAUGUCAAAAGUUGGAGAUGCACAUCACUGCUUCAGACUCCGAGGAUGUUCCUUUGAACACGAACAUUGCAAUAGUUGCCGUUUCUCUUGGUGCCCCGACUGCAUCGAUAUGAAGCCUGUGAACAAAAAGGGGGAGUCUAAUAUUGAACGGGAGUGUUCUUCAGAGACCCCUGGUAAAAAAUUCAGCUGUAAACUGUGUGGCAAGGAGUUCAGCCGCAGCACACAUCUGGCGUGUCACAUGCGAAUACACACGGGAGAGGCUCCGUUCAUUUGUGAACUCUGUGGGAGAGGGUUUCGUCGUGCAGAAUGGCUUAAAAUGCACAACACCAUCCACACAGGUCAAAAACGAAAGAGCGUGAAGAGCUUCAGUUGCGAUCAGUGUGGGAAGAAGUUUUGUGGCUCCACUGCACUCCAAAGUCAUUUGUAUAAACACAGUGGCGAGAGGCCAUUCGCCUGCGCUUACUGCGACAAGACGUUCUUCAGUCAGACCAAUCUUAAUCGCCACCACACCGAUUCUCAUUCUGGAAAACAGUUCUGUUGCCCCAUGUGUGGAAUCGGAUUCUCACGCCGCUCGACGCUGCAGAAACACAUGCGGAUUCACACGGGAGAGAGGCCUUUCUCCUGUCCAGACUGUGGAAAGACUUUCCCUUAUAAAUACUCCUUGAAUAUGCAUUGUAAACGUCACUCAGCCAAAAGUUGAUGAGUGACUGAGUGAUGCACAUUCAUGUGUCGCGUGAAUUUAUGAUAGUCUACUGUUUAUUUUUAUUUGUUUUUUUAGCUACAUCCUUCUUAUAUUGACUGUUUGUAUCUGCGUGAUGCCAAUAAAGAGCAUUAUCACA